GACGGCCGCGUCGCCAUGAUCGCCGUGCCCGAGGUGAUGCUGGCGAUGAAGUCGCAGGCGCUGGUCGCCUCGGCCAACGCGGCGGGAAAGACGUACUGCCAGAGCUGCAAGAAAAAAUGCUCCGGGGAGGUGCUGCGGGUGCAGGACAAGUACUUCCACAUCGCGUGCUUCAAGUGUAAAGUGUGCCGCAACUCGCUGGCGCAGGGCGGCUUCUUCUGCAAGGAUGGCGCCUACUACUGCACGUCGGACUACCAGCGGCAGUUCGGCACCAAGUGCGCCGUCUGCAGCGAGUACGUGGAGGGCGAGGUGGUGGCGGCCCUCGGCAACACCUACCACCAGAAGUGCUUCACCUGCGGACGCUGCCGGCAAGCCUUCCCGUCGGGCGAGCGCGUCACGUACACUGGCAAGGAGGUGCUGUGCGCGCGUUGCGUGCAGAUCCCCGUGCGCUCGGGCCACUCCGGCGACGAGCGCUCCCCGGCCGCCAGCCCCGCCAGCCCCACUAGCGGGGGCGGCGGCCUGGGGCUGGGCUCCAACGACUGCGCCGGCUGCCACGAGGAGCUCAAGGAGUGCCAGGCCCUGAUCGCGCUGGACCGCCAGUGGCACAUCUGGUGCUUCAAGUGCAAGGCCUGCGACGCCGUGCUCCACGGCGAGUACAUGGGCAAGGAUGGCGUGCCGUACUGCGAGAAGGACUACCAGAAGAAGUUCGGCGUCAAGUGCGCGUACUGCAGCCGCUACAUCUCGGGGAAGGUGCUGCAGGCCGGCGACAACCACCACUUCCACCCCACGUGCGCGCGCUGCACCAAGUGCGGGGACCCGUUCGGCGACGGCGAGGAGAUGUACCUGCAGGGCGGCGCCAUCUGGCAUCCCCGCUGCGGCCCCGGCCCCACCGAGAACGGCGCCAUCCUCAACGGCGGCGAGAACGGCCACUGCACGGACACGGAGACGGAGGCGGAGAGCGGCCGCGACACGGCGUUCGACCGCAUGAGCUCCUCGGCCGUGAGCGACAUGCAGUUUUCCAUUCGCUCGCGCACGCCUAGUCUUAAUGGCUCUUUCAAUAGCUUAUCUAGAAAGUACCAAUAUCAGCGCACGGGCAGCCCUGGUCUUAUCCUGCGAGAAUAUAAACAUCAGUAUCCAGAAGACAUAUCUCGCAUUUAUACAUACUCAUAUUUGACUGAGGAACCUACGCAAGGGUACCUGAAGCGCCCCAUUGACCCUUAUGACAAACCACCUACAUCACCUCACUUCCAUCGGCCUUCUUCUGCUGCAUCUGGACGGGGCUCAAAGCUUGCUCAUCUCUCAUCAAAGCAUGGCUCCAGGACAGGCAUGACCGUCCUUGUGGAUGCAAUUCGCAGUGAGACACCAAGACCACGGAGUCCACACAUGAACAAUGAAGAACCAAUAGAGUUAGCCCAUUUCCCUGCUGCAAAACCACCUCAACCUGGAGAAGCACCCAAGAUAGAAAGGGAAGACUUUCCUGCCCCACCAUACCCUUACACUGAUCCUGAGCGUCGACGUCGAUGGUCGGACACGUACAAAGGUGUCCCAAUAUCUGAUGAUGAGGAUGAAAAUGAUGGCAAGUCAGAGAAAGAAACUGAUGAUCAAAAGCUAAAGCGAGAAGAAAAAGAAUUAAGUAAAAUUGCAACAGGAAUUGGAAAAGUAUUCCUUCACAAUGUUCGUGAGCGAGAAAAAUUACGGCAGUGGAAAAUGUCUCAUAUUGAUCCUAGGAAUGCUUCACGAACACCAUCAGCAUCAAGAGAGCCAACAUACAGGCUACGCUACCAGUCUCCUGUCAAUGCUUCUCCAUCUAGAAAUGUUGACCAUCCAAGGCCGUGGGAAGAGGAGGAGUUAAUGGAUCGUAGUUCAAGCUAUCGCUCAUCAGUUGGUCGGUCUGUUGGCGCCAUACCCAGCUAUAACGUGGUGUCUUCUCUGCGGUCUCCUCCAAAACCAGGCUAUGGCCUUCGUUCAUGUACUUUGCCAGCUGCAGGCCGAAACGGUGGAUUCAUGGGCUACUCCACGGACCAGGGUGACUAUUCAUUUAGUGGACUUGGCGAAAAAACUCAUAGCACUGAAUUCAGUAGUGGGAAAUCAGACAUCUCUGCUGGUUCAAUAUCAGAAGUUGAUCGACGUGCAUUAGCUGUUGAACUUCCUGUAUCUACUACUUACACUGGAGGGUUGGGUGCUUUGAGGUCAGCUUCAUACUCUCCGCACCUCCGUCGUUCCUUGCCCAAUAUGAAUCAUUCAAAUUCAACAGAACCACCUAAGAUUUAUCCGUAUCACCUUCUUGUUAUCACAAACUAUCGUCUGCCAGCUGAUGUGGAUCGCUGCAACUUGGAGCGCCACUUGUCAGAUGCUGAGUUUGACGGACUCUUUGGCUGUAGUAGGGUGGAAUUCUAUCGGCUUCCACAGUGGAAACGCAAUGAAUUGAAACGAAGGGUUCGACUUUUCUGAAGAAAAAAAUCAGUUCUUUUGUCUGGUUAAAGCUUUAUGCACGGCAUUGUAAAAUGAUUAAGUGUUCAUCCUUAUUUUCUUAGUUAUAAGUAUUUGACGAAACAAAAACUAGUCGUUUGACAAAUGCACUGCCUCUCUUGGCAUCUUUUUCGAUCCAUCAUUUUUAUUCUUUUUCUCUUUUUAAUUUCAAGUCAUAAACAUGGUGGUGCUUCUCCUAAAGAAAUUGUAUGAAAUUUCCCCUCUCCCUUUCUUUUCAAGGGUUUACCAAAAUGACUUUUAGAAAGAGAGAACUUUCAGUUUUGCAUUUGAUCACAGAGUGAGCUCAGGGUAGGUUUAUGGUGCAAAGGCAACAUGACAGCUGUGUUAUAUACUCAUAAGUAUAGUUUACUUCUACAUAAUUUAAUUAAUGGUGCCUUCUGAGGCAGCUUAUAUUUGCUGUCAUUGGUAAAAUAUUUGUGUGCCAAGCAGAAUUUGCUUGUAUACCCAUACACCUUCAAAAAAUUAUACUGAACUUGUGCCUUACACAAUGAAAUUCAAAAACAUUUUCAGUAUGCAUUUAUUGGGUACUUUCUAUUUACCUAUAAAUCAAAUUGUUUGCUUUUCAAUAAUUGCUGUCAGCCACAUAAGCAUCCAUUGUGCAAUUUUUAAUGUCUCCAUAAUGUUUUGGAUUUGCAUUACAUUUGGCAGCUAUAAGAUAUGGGCAUAUUAGCAUUAAUCUGCUAGCAUUCCAUAAUUUGCUUCAUAAGCAUCUAUCUGUUCUUUUGUCUCCUUUCAAAAACGGUGUUAGCUGAGGGAAACUCAAGGAAAAUGAAUUUUCAGAGAUUGUUACAUUUUCCUUGCUCAAGUUACCAUUUUCAGACCAACAUUUUUACUGAGAAAUCUUAUCUCAUGUAUUGUUUCCUUGUGAUUCCCAUUCUAUAGACUUGUAUUUUGUACGCAUCACCCAGUAUGGCGUCUACCUUUGAUAGUCAGCAUUACUUGCAUUUCACUUGUAUCCACAGGAUUGAAUGAAUACCUAUUGUUUGUUUGUUCUGUUUGUUUGUUCUUUGGUCAGGAGUUAGUACUGAUUUACAUCACAAAACUAUAAAAUAUUUUGCACUAAAUGUCGAGUUGCAUGUGGAGCACUGCAUCUUUUUUAACAGAUGAAAAAACAGCCAAAUAGAACUCUUAGUAUAAAAAUCAUGUUGCUCCUCCCGAUGUGGUGUGCUUGUUUUACUCUGAAGAUAAGAAUAUUCCUUGUAAUGUUAUUAUAAUUAAAAGCAUGCAAAUCUAAAAUGUUUUGCAACAGAUGUUUAAACUGGUGUAUUAAGAGUUCCAUUAUUGCUGAACUCAUUUAUCUCUUUGUAUUCUAGGCCUCUGUUGUACUGAUCUGUGUGUCUGUUUCGUUUCCUUUCUCUUAUGAAACCAGGAGCAAGGUCCGUCUAGUGGUUAGCUCUAUCAGUAUACCUACAGUAACUUUGUCUGUUAAAAGUAUAGUUUUGUUGUCAAUUUAUGAUCACAGCUUACAUUUGAGAUUGGCAGCUCUUGAAAAGAAUUUCGUUCUCUGUGCUAUAUUUCCAGUUUUGAAUAUUAUUAAAUUGUUGAGGGUUCUCAAAAUGUUCUAUAUUACUAAUUAGGGAAGGAAGCAUUCAAACUCUAUUUGGUAAUCAAUGAAAGUGUGCUACUCGACUCUACACUCUUCACUUCACUACGAGACUGCCAAAUUCCCUCCAAACUCGUCACAGGUUGUAACACACUUUUCUUUGUUUAGUUCCAAACCAACCAUGCCAGGUGUCAAGCCACUGAGUAUCUUAUGUGCUUUCAAUGCAUUCAUCCUUGUACUACAAAAGUAUAUGGUUUAAAGGUGUCUUUUCACCUAGGAUAAUGGUUUUUGUGGAUAUCAGGUUUUGGAUUUCUGCAGAAUCUUUAGGGAAAUUAUCGUUAUCAGCAAACCAUCCUCUGACCUGCCUUCACCAUUGUGUUCUUAUUACAUGAUUCAAAAAUGACUUUUGAACUGAUUCUGGUGGACUGUAAGGUGUUCAAUAUUUUAAAUUGUUAGAAAAUUUCUUCAUGUUAUCCAAAGUUCCAUUUAUUCAAUUUUUAGUCUGAAUUCUAUUAUUGCAGUGUCAUGCUUGUUAUAUGUAUGACAUUUUCUUGUGAUUUUCUUAUGCACAGAAUUUAACUUGCAAAACCUUGUCAGUGGAGUUUUACCCAGGCCAAAACUUUUAACUGCUUUUUGGGGCUCAUUGUGUAAAUUGUGAAUUGUAGGAUAUUAAGGUCUUGCAUGAAACCAAAAAGAUGUCUACGUGCUUUUAGAUAAAAAGAAAAUAUUUUAAUUUUUAGGAAUGUGAUCUACAGUGGUUAUUAAUGUAUGUAGACAAUAGCUCUAUGAAGUACAAUAAAUUUCAAGAAAUCUUGCUUAA